GGGAGCACUAGGACUCUUGUCUCACACCCAGAAUUCGAUAUGUUUUUGGCUGUGCUGGUGCCCAGAGAUGGGGUGGCUGGAGGGGCUCCUACUCUCCUGAUGUGGAAACACACUUGUCCAACACUGUGUUGCAGGAGGUAGCUGUCCUUCUCUAUGGCUCAGAGCCCAUGGGCGGCUCCGCUCUCUGCUGUCCCCUCUGCAGCGGCUCCAGAGCUGAGGUGCCCCCGGCUCCCGAAAGCGUUGGUUCCCCUGUAAAGCCACAUCUCCUUCACAGCCCUCACGAAAGCCUAAUGGGGUUUGGUGGCUUGUCUUUCAAAGGGUGGACAUUGGUGGUGGGAUGGGCACCUGCACAUUGGCUGUGCAGGCUGCUCCUGGCCCCCAGUGCUCCCGACCGAGCCCUUCCAGCUGCUCUUGUCCCCAAACCAUGGCCCUGCUGUCCCCAUACAGCACUGGUGGUCACAGAGACUAAGUGACUAGGGCCACAUGAGAUAUCUGUGGUGGAGAACAAAGGUGCUUCUGUGUGGUGGCAGGGCUGUGGCCUGCCCUCUCCUAUGGUUGCUCCCUGGUGUUCAUGUCCCCUCGUGCUGGGCUGGCCUGUCACCAGACCUACAGGAGCAGAGCAGAGGGCCGGUGUCCUAGAGGGACUGAGCAGAGGAGCCCAGCUCACUCCUUGCUGUUGCCCCACUGGUGGGGCUGGGGCCUCGCUUGGAGGUGCCAUGGGUUGUAUGUGACAUCCGUCCCCAAUGGCAUCCCCUGCUAGGCCUGUCAUGGCCCCCACCCAAGGCCACCAGCCAGUCCUCCCACUCUGCCCACAUGCUGCAGGCCCAACUCACUUAGACCAGAGAAGCUGGUGAGGGGCUCAGUGAGUGCUCAGAGGCACAGUCUGGGAAAGCUGAGCAUUUCCUCCUUGCACUCCUAAACCACCACAGCAUGAAUGAGAUUAAAUUCACCCUGAGGGGAUUCCCUGGCUGUGAGGAGUUUACUCCUGCUUGCAGCAUCACUGAAACUAAAACUACCUCCCUUCCUGGCCCCAGAAGAGCUGCACCCAGGAAGUCUUGUUAAUGUCACAGCAAGGACUGGGCUGGCUGUCCCCAUGGUGACACCACCUGCCAGAGCAGACAGAGGCAGGUGGGGUGAUGGGGAAUGUGGGCUUUCGGGCUCACUCCCUUCUCCCUUUCCAAGCCCAGGAAACAUCUCCUGUGUGGAGGGACAAGCUUCUCGUCUUGUCUUUUCCACUUGGUGCUCCUCUUUUUCCCACCACAGGUGUGCGGGGCACUGCAGCCCAUGAAAAGAUUCAUCCAGGAGCCCUGGAUGGUGCCCUGAGCCGCUUGGUCCUUUCAGUGCCUGGCAGGGAUGGGCACGUCCUCACAGCUGCCCCAGCAGCUCCGUGUGCCCAGCAGUGAUGGGGGACAGACAGGGCAUGCCCAGGUGUCCUCCUGGCUGUGAAGGUGGCAGCUGACACUCGCAGAGAUUCAAGGCACCUUUCAGAGCAAAAGAGAGACUUUUUCAUCCUGAUGAGCUGUGUUUACUGCCCAGCAAGCCCCUACCCCACUGCUUUGCCAUCUUGGAGCCAGGCGUUGGGGUGAGUGGCUUCGUUUCCCAGUGGGCCUCAUCUGCCAGAGGAAGCAAGGAAUUAAAGCAGAGUCCUUCCUGCCGUCGGAGCGGGUGAAUGUCCUGAGGCCUCCAGUUUGCAGGUUUGCUCCUCUCUGCCCUCAACUUUCCAUGCUUCCCUAGAGGUAUUUUCUGUGCCCAGGCCACGUUUUGCUUUGCCUCUGUUUUGCUCAGGUGCUUUAGCUGAAACACAGCUCUGCAUAAAGCUGCUGGAUUUUUUUUUUUAUAUCUUAAUUUCCUUUUCUUCAGUCCUGCUGCAUUUCAGAGACCUCUUUGCAAGUCAGUGCUCAGGACCCCUUCAAGCGGAGCAGUAACUGGGCCCAUCACCGAAGACUGAUGAAUGGACUGAAAUGGAGCAAAAUUCAGGCGACCCAGACUCCUUCCUGAAGUCUGCGCGUCUCCAGCGCCUGCCCUCAUCCUCCUCGGAGAUGGGAAGCCAGGACGUGUCCCCUCUCCAGGAGACCAGCAAGGACCCUUUCUCUGGAGACUGCAGCUGCCGGCAGGAUGGGCUGACUGUCAUCAUCACUGCCUGCCUGACCUUCGCCACGGGCGUCACGGUGGCCCUCAUCAUGCAGAUCUAUUUUGGGGACCCUCAGCUCUUCCACCGCGGCGCCGUGGUGACGGACGCGGCGCCCUGCACGGCACUGGGCACGGAGGUGCUGGGCAGGCAGGGCUCCUCGGUGGACGCAGCCAUCGCCUCAGCCCUCUGCGCAGGCAUCGUCAACCCCCACACCUCAGGGCUUGGAGGGGGUGGGGUGAUGCUGGUCCACGACAUCCGGAAGAACAGGAGCUGGGUGAUUGACUUCCGUGAGGUGGCUCCCCUGGGCAUCCCUUUGGAAGGGGACCUGCAGCAGGACACCAAGCCAGGUCUGCUCGUGGGGGUGCCAGGCAUGAUACAAGGGAUGCACCAGGCACAUCAGUUACAUGGCAGACUCCCGUGGUCCGAGCUGCUGGACCUCGCAGCUGGUGUUGCCCAGAACGGCUUUAAUGUCACACAUGAUUUGGCCAAAGCCCUGAGUGAACUGAAGGACCUGAACUACUCUGACCGAUUCCGGGAGCUGUUCCUGCCAGAUGGGCAGCCCCUCCUGCCUGGCACAUUUGUCCGGCGCAUGGAUCUCGCAGCCGUCCUGGAGCUGAUGGGGGCAGAAGGGGUGUCAGCCUUCUACAGUGGAAACUUGACCCAGGAGAUGAUCUCUGAGGUCAACAACUAUGGUGGAGUCUUGGUGGAGGAAGACUUCAGCAAUUACAGUGUCACAGUGGAGGAUCCCAUCCACACAGUGUAUCGAGGUCACCUUGUUUUCAGCCCCCCACCUCCACAUGCAGGUCCUGCACUGAUCACAGCACUGAACAUCCUCGAGGGCUUUAACAUCACAAGUAAAGGAUCCAGGGGGAAUAACUUGCACUGGAUAGCAGAGACGUUAAAAAUAGCCCUGAGUCUAGCAAGCAACCUGGGAGACCCGUCUGGUGACAUGUCCAUCGCUCACACAGCAGAAGGGAUGGUGAGUAAAUCAGAAGCUAAUUCCCUACGCCAGCUGAUUAAUGACUCCCAGUCCUUCCCAUCUGAUCUCCACAUCCCUCACUUCUCCGUGGAGAGCGGCCCUGCUGCCAGCCAGGUCCUUGUCAUGGGGCCCGACGACUUCAUCGUCACAGUUGUGAGUUCUUUGAAUCGUCCCUUUGGCAGUGGAAUCAUAACACCCUCUGGAAUCCUCCUCAACAGCCAGAUGUUGGACUUCUCCUGGCAAAACAAAACAAUGAACCACUCCAUUUCCAGGCCGCAAAAUCUCAUUCAGCCUCGGAAACGGCCCCUGUCCUUCCUGCUGCCCACCAUUGUGAGGCCUUCUGAGGGCAUGUGUGGGACGUACCUGUGUCUGGGGGCCAACAACGGGGAGAGAGCCUUGAGCAGCAUCGUCCAGGUUUUGGUAAAUGUUUUAACAUUUCACAAGAAUCUGAGUGAAAGUUUGUCACUUGGUCGACUUCACCCACAGCUUCAGUCCAACACCUUGCAGGUCGACAGUGAGUUUCCUGAAGAAGAUAUAGAAUUUCUUGUAGCCAGGGGCCACCAGGUGGAUAAAGUCCCAGUGGUCUCCCUAGUUCACGGAGCCAGGAGAACCAACAGUUUCAUCAUUGGCCUGAAGGACCCCAGGAGUGCAGAUGCUGCUGGAGCCACAAUAUUGUAGCACCUCCCAGGUGACGAUGCUGACACACACCAACCCAAGUGAUGUGCAUGUUCUGAAGUGGCCUCUUCUCCAGCCCUGGGGGAGCCCCACCCAGACGUUCUGCACUCACCACCCCAGGCGGCACUAGGGAAGUCAGCAGCACCAACAUGCAGCUCCCUGCUCUUGCGGUUUUUUUUAUUUUUCAUUUAUUUGCAUUGCAAGCAGCCCAGUCCUUGUUACAGGAAUGCCAGGAGCACACUUUUCUUUUGGGAGAAUCUUGCUAAUAAUUUCAGUCUUUCCAAAGCCAAGUUCUAGAACAUUAGCAAAGGAAAAAACAGUUGAUGAUGAUGAUCAUGAUGAUAUCUUCACUUCCCUAUCUUUCCCAGAGCAAUGGUUUUCAACAGCUCUAACAAAUUCUUCCUCUAACAACUUGUACACCCCCCAAUGGUUUUCUUACAGAGGUUCAGCCUCCUCCGUGGUAAAUUUGAGCUUAGUGGUAAUGGGCUUAAUUUUCUUAGACACCUUUUGGAGAUAUUCUAGCAGUACUCCACAGAUUUGUGAAAAACCACACACCACAGACUGCAAACCACAUGGAGAGCAUUUGGGUAUGUUCAGGGCCUUCCUUCCACUGCCUUAUCUCAGUCUACUCUGAAAGCCUAAAUCGAGUCAUUCCUACAGAGAAGCUUGGGAUUUUCUGCUGACUGAAUUCAUGGCAGUACUUUAGCUCCAUGUUUUUGUACUGGUGAGUCUAUUGGAACAGCUGAAGAGAGUGAGAGAAAAUGUACAAACCAACCCAAACACUACUGAGAUCAUUUUCUGUCUGCAGCAUGUAGUGAAAAUACAAGAAUGCUUCUGCAUUUCAUGUCUGAAAUCAAGUGAAGAAAGAACACCCCAGCUGACAGCUGCACCACUUCAGUCAGCCCACGUUUGGACAUUUCCUGUUCUUUUUACUGGCAACUUAGAGACACCUGGCACUAAAAAAUUCCUGAGUUUGGUAAUUUUCUGCGGUCUAAAAUUUGUUGAUUUCCUUCAUGGUGCAAAUGCAUCUAUGGCCACUGUACAUAUUAUAUAUGUAUGUCUGCUUAUAGUUCUCUUGCUCCUUGAUUUGAUGAUCACACCAGCCACACCUGACCUUCUUCCCAAGGGUCUCUGUGACACCCAUCUGUUUGUAACUCACCCUCUGACACUUGUGGCCAUUGGACAUGGGGAGCAGGUGGGUCGUUUUGGGGCAGUUGGGGCCCCAUGGCAGAUAAAUCAGACUAAUCAUUCCUGCCAUCCGCCAGCCAUGGAUCUCAGAACAUCCUACGUGAAGCCUCACAUGUGGGGCUGAGCAAGGACAGAGGUGUUUUCAUGCUCUGCUGAAGAGCAGCCACCCCGAGAGGAGCAUGGCAGUGCCAGCCAAUGGCAACACCAGUGCUGUUUGCUGUUCCAAAUCCCCUCAGCUGGGACGGAGGUGCAGCAGUUCAGAACGUUGUCUUUGGCACAUUGUGUUCUGUGCCACCAAGAAGAGACUUUCUUCACCACAGGGACACCAAUCUAUUUAUUUAUUUUUCUGUCGUCAGCACUAGAGUUGGUCACUGCCCGAAGUUGGAGUGUUCAUAACGCUUCACGUGUCUUGGAGCAGACCUUUUCAGGCUCCACAGGAAGGGAAAGUGGCAAUUCUGUGUGUUGAACCUCACUGGGGGAGAUCUGGGUGUUUCUGGUCUGUCCCAGACCAGAUCUGCCCCUCCGGCACAGAGAUUCACUGUGCUCAGCUGCAAAAUACUUGAUCAGUUGUCACAGCAAUACUUUGCAUGAAAUAUCACAAAACACUUUGAAAGAUGAAAUUCCUCCUUAUUAACGGAAUUCACCGACUUCCAAUGCUGGAAACUGUGUAUAUGUUUGGCAGUAAAAAGACUUUGGUCUUGAUUCAAAAGGGCAUUCACAUGCCCCAAGGUACAAUUUCCCAGCAAUUAUUCAUAAUCUUAAAAUAAAGCAUGUUCCAAAGUGCUCUGCUGGAUCAUGGCCUAUGUUGCAAAAAAGAGAAAAUUGAAAACAAUUGGAAGAUAUUACUUAGGUCACCCGGUCAUGGCUAAGAUAAGUAAAGGUAUUCUGAAUUAUUUCCCAUUUUCUCUGUUUAAAAGCAGCAUCAGUAUAGCACAGAUGUAUUUGAUAUGGAAACCCUUAAUCUGCUAAUUGGCCCAGUGUCCCUGGUACUUGAGCCCAUCUGUUGUGAUAAGACUUGAUGAAUUUAAUGUGAGGUACCAAAAAAUACCUGAUGUUUUCUUCAAUGCAGGUAAGAUGGUCAUUGGGAAACACAGGGCUGUAUUCCAGAGACGUGUGUGUGCAAAAUCCCUGUGCUCAUUUCAGCCAGGCCCUUGCAGGCAUGUGACAGCUCUGAAGCAGAAUUUGUGCUGAAACUUUGACUUGAAAUUGUCAGUGAGCAGCUCAGAACACAAAAUACAAAGGGGCUAAGAAAAACAAUAAAGGAACAAAAUAAACACAAAGGAACAAAAUAAACACAAACAAAAUAAAUUUAAAAAAAAAUAGAUGCCUUUGCCAAAUAUGACAAUAUAUCAUCUGGAACACGAUCAGCUUGUCUCUGCCCAGGCUCGCAUUGCUCCUCAUCGAUGCACAUUGGUUUUGCGUGGGGAUAAACUGGAGCCAGGGUCUGCCACUGAGUGUGAGCAGUUUAAAAGUGUUUCUCACAAGGGCUGGAUGCCCCUCACGAGCACGGGUAACAAACUGCCUUGCUGGCUGUAGGUGCUGCUGCUCUCCCAUGUGCAUCAAGCACUGAUGGCUGGGGGUGAAAGCCUGAAGGGGGGAUGAGGCAGAAGCCAGUGCUGCUGUCCUGCAGCUAGGGGGGACGAGCCUGCUCUGGCCCUUGGCUGUGCUAUUUUGUUCCCAUCACUGUCCCAUUUGCUGCCCAGGCAUGGAGAGGAGCUAGAGCCGACCUUGCUCCCACCACUCUGGAUGGGGCAGGUGCUGCUGGGACUGUCAGAGUGGUCAGUCACACUGUUGGUGCCACUCAGGCUCCCCCACUGCCCCUGGUCACAGGGACCUGCUGAAGAGCAGCCCUGGGCACACAGGGCAUUCCUGCCCUCCAGCAAGGACUGCCAGCAGCAUGUCCUGCUCCAUCUCUCGGGGGACUGGGGACUGUCAGGGGCAGAUGAAGGCAGAGAGCUGCUGCUGUAGGUGGGGCAGCAGGUUCUGGUCCCUAGGCUCCAGGGAUGAUGACCAACAUUCUGCCGCCCUGCCAGUGUCUCUCUGAGGGUCCUUCAGCUGGAGCAGCAAGUCUGAAAGUGCCCAUUCAGUGUCAGCUGUUCAGCUGCUGCUGGAGGAGCUUGGACCCUCCAGGUGCCUACUGGGUCCUUCUGGCUGGACCAUCUGAGAGCCUCCUUCUGCCUGCUGCCCAAUCCAACAGGACUGACCCCGGACACUGGCUAGAGAGAAAGGGGAGUCAGGCCUCAGUAAACACCAUAAGAGGAAAGCUGCAUCUCUUUUAUGAACAUCAAAAACACUGAGAGUUUUGUAAGGUUUUGCAAAGAAUCAGGUGGAGUGGGAAGAGCUCCUGUAGUACCCAGGUGUUUUCAGCAGUUUUGGAAACUUCUUCUAAACUUCACUGGUGGAAAUCUGCACCUAGCUAGAGAAGCUCUGACAGGCAGAGCUGGUUUCAGAGAGGCAGGGAAACAUCUGAAAGUGAAGCACGCCUGUGCAGAGGGCAGAUGGAGUAGGAGUACCAGAGCACUGACACAUACUGUCCACAAAGGGCUCUCCAGUGGCCACAGCAUUUUCAGGUGCAGAUUGUCCUGUCAGAGCUGACCUGCUGCCUGAGGGAGCAUCCCGUAUGACAACAGUUCCUGAGCAUGGACCUUCACCCACCAGGACCAUUCCUGGCACAGCUGGGGCUCCAUAACCUCGGAGUCGAGGAGGAGAGGAUGACUCCUGUGUACCCCCAUCCUGUCUAUCACAUCUAUGGCCAAUUGCCCACCUAUCUCUUUCUCACCACAUUCACAGUUCAGUAAAAUCCUAGGUCAAAAGUGACUGUGACUGCAAUGCAACAGAUCCCCAUUCCUUCUCUCCAAGUGAGCAUUGUAUCAGUGUUAGAGGAGAAAUUAUUUUGUUCAAGUAAUUGUAUAAUAUUUAAGUUUGGAAAAAUCUAAAGCUGGGUAUGAGUCUACCUAAUUUUCCUGUAUAAUACCUGUCCUUUGAAAAUACUGUCAUAUGAAAUGCGUGUAAAUAAAGCCACAAUUUUGAUUGCCAU